GUGUGGCCCCAGAAGUGCCACCUGUCAGUGCUCAUCAGUGCCACGUGCCAGUGCCCAUCAGUGCCACCCAUCAGUGCCAGUCAGUGUCGCCUAUCAGUGCCAGUCAGUGUCGCCUAUCAGUGCCCAUCAGUGAUGCCUGUCAAUGCCCAUCAGUGCAACCUACCAGUGCCUCCUCAUCAGUGCCACCUAUCAGUGUCCAUCAGUGCCCAUCACUGCAGCCUUAUUAGCGCACAUCAGUGAAGGAGAAAAAUCACUUAUUUACAAAAUUGUAUAA